GGUUGUGCCACGCCUUGUUGUGCAUGUACCGCAGAUCAUAAGUGAGUUCACUAAGGGAGCUGGCUGACUAUACUGUCGGCUUUCCAUUUUAAUAAUAAUGGCAUAUUUUCAUAGACCAGGGAUCCAGACUGACAGCAGAAAGCCCAGGAAUGUCAGCAGCAGGAUGCAGGAUUUUCUAGAUGACACCCCCAUGCCAUAUAUUACCCCAGCUACCCCAGCCUCCUCCAGCCUGACCUAUUCCGAGCUUGAGGAACACAUGAAGAUGCGGGUGGAGAAGAGAGGAGACUUGGCUGCUUUAGAAACAAGGAAUGGCACUGCCCAGGACUUCCUCAGAAACCUUGAUGCCCCCAGGGUAUCGUUUGACCCCCUGGUAGAUGUUCCAGACUCAAGGCCCCAGCUGUCACACUACAAGCUGAUAGCAGACACCACUCAUAGUGAAUAUGCAGCGCUGCUGGUGAAAUUCGACAGCCAGCAAACUGAGGUAAAGGAUCUCCAGAAUAGACUGGCAUUAAAGGAGGCUUCUGUGAUGCAGCUGAAGGCUGAGCUGGAGCACUAUAAGGAGAACAGUGCCCGCCAGGCCUCCCUCAUCAUGUCUCUGAGAGACCACGUCAAAGGGACAGAGACCUUGUCAGCAACGAAGUCACAGGCAGAUACCAGCCUCCAUGCUUUACAAAGAGAGAACCGGGAGCUUAAAGAAAGGGUCACAGAACUUAAAGACAGACUGAGGUUGCAACUUUCAGAGAGAGAGGAUGCUGAACACAAGGCAACACACAUGGAGAGGAGGUUGACAGACAUCACAGCUAAACUUGUGUCAUGCCUAAAGAUUAACACAAAGGAGCCAGAUAACCCUCUUGAUGCUGUGAUAUUAAAAGUUUCUGAGUUAUGUGAGGAACAUUUUCAACAGCAAGUAAAAAUUGCAAGUUUAAUGGAUGCGCUAGCCAGCCAAGACCAGGAGUUCAAGGCAAGUCGAGAGACGAUUAUGAAGCUUGUCUCGGAAGUGAGCCAGCAGAAGAGGGCUGUGGCUACUUGUACUGAUGAAAUGAAAGUACUGAAGAAGGAAAGAGACGAGGCUCUUCUGGCCAGAGCAACCUCAAACCGAGAAGGCAAGCUGCUGUGGGAAAGACUGGAAGAGAGCCAGAAGGCCAGGGAUGCCUCAAGGCAGGAGCAGCUUCAUACAGGACAUGAGAAGAAGCAAAUGGAGGAUCUCUUGCACUCCAAGCUCCAUGAAGCCAAAGCUGCUCACCAUCUCUAUAAGACCUUCCUCAGUCAACUGACAAACCUUUUAAGCAAUGGUUUAAUAACCGUACCUGAGUCAGAGGAAGCUGUGAUAGAAAGAAUACGAGAACUCUGCAGUCAAGUGAGGGACAGGAAGCAUCACUUGAAAUUUGUAAAUGAACUUAGGAAGAAGCUAAAGGUGGAAGAAGAUAUUUCCGAGGAUCCUCUCCACUCACAGUACGACGUGCUGCUGACCAGAGCAGAGGAUCUUGGGAGCCUUGAUGGCGAGUCCUAUUCUGACUGCAAGAACCUGAUCCACAUUCUGCAGAAGAAAGUAGCGUCACAGAAAGAAAAACUGGAAAGCAAGAAGACAGAACUGGAGAGCCUGUACAAAAAAAUAAAGACCCUGGAAGGUGCCAAGGAAACACAGUUCCUGCUGAUGAUGGAGAAGAAACAAAAGAGUGAAACAGUGCAGAAGCUUGAGAAGAAGGUUGAAAAGCUUCAGGACCAGCUGAGUGAAGCGAAGUGUUCCAACCAGACUCUGAAGAACAAACUUGCUGAAACCAAAAACCUUCAGGUAAAAACCGCCGAACAGAGCAAAACUAUCGAAGUGCUAAAUAAGUCACUGGAGGCGGUAGAAAAAAUCAAGGACAAGGCAGCUCAGAAAGUUGUCAGCCUGAAAACAGAGCUAGACCACACAAAGAGUGAGGUGAGAGAGGAGAAGGAGAGGGCGCAGUACAUGCUGGAGGCCAUCACUAAUGAGCUACGAACCGUUAAGAGGGCGCUGGAACAAGUGGCCACAAGAGAGAAAAGGCUUAUAGAUUUCAGAGAAUCUGUCACAAGGCUGCUGGGAUUCAACACCAGCACUAUGUCCAUUCCUGACCAUGAGAUUCUGUCUCAGCUAAAGAGCUGUGUCCAGCCUUAUGGGAACCAAGGUGACCCAGCACACAACCCGGAUAGCUCCCACGCUGCACUGCACUAUGGGUUUAGGGACGGCUACAACCAUCCACAGCACUUCGGUGCUACAGCACCGCCAACCAUCCAAGCCAAAGUCCAGUAUGUUUCUUCUGAAAAGAAGCCUGGUACAGCUAACAAAUCAUCAAAGUGGUAAAACAGCUAAGUACACAUCAUGGGCCAAUAGGCUUUCGUGUUUAUACCAUGUUUAUAAACAGAAACUAAAAUGAACAAAAUGAUCAUUGUACUGUAGACCAGUUGCAGCUUAUUUAGGACUCUCAAGAAUUGUUGUCUUAAAACUCACAAUAUCUUUCUACUGUACUGUUUUUAUUGAUUUUUUGGGGGGUUUUUUUGUAUUUAAUGAUAUUAAUAAGGGAGUCAAUAAAUUAAACACCAAUAUGAUUAAUAUAUUAAUGGCUUCACAGAUACCUCGUAGAACUAAUCUUCAACUACCCUGUUUACUGGCUGGUUUCACUGACCCCGAUUAGCAUUUUUGACUAUCCAAUAUUACUUUAGGUAAGGUGGAGCUGAUUCUAUGAAACCAGCUAUGCCUUAGGAAAUUGAUCUAGGCCAAGGACAAGAUUAGUACCAUAAGAUUAGCCACUGAUAAGAUCAUAAAAGUGGAACCCAGCAACCUCAGAAUGUUUUGUUUGCUUUAGAUUAUAGAUCAACAUGGAAUGUUGUUGUGAUGCAGUUAAAAUCAUUUGGCAGCCUAUAAUAUUUAAACAAGCAUGUGUUAGUUAAAAAAAAAGUGAUGUAAAAACAGAUAUUGUAGACCUUUCUAUUCUAAAAACAAGACAAACCAAAAGCCUGAUGUCUUUUUGUAUUUAAUUUUUUUAAUCAUUGUUUUAUUUUAUUAAAUUUAAGCACUGAAAAUAUCAUUGAUUUUUGUUGGUGUUAGAAGUGCAGGGUUGACAUCUGAUGUGCUGGCUGCAUUUAUAUCUUUUUUUAAAACAUUUUACUCAAACGCUCACCUGGGUUAUUGAAAUGACACUUAUGGAAGAUGAAGACUCAGUCUGUAAUGCUGUAUCAUUAACGUUUGGGUAGAUAUAAUUGAUUUCAUAAGGGACAUGCCUGGUUAUGUUUUCAACAAAAGGCAUUACAAUUGAGAACAGAACUUUUCUUGAUCUUGUUGAUAAUGAAAAUAUUUCUCUUUAAGGAGGGUUACAUGUAUGCUGAAUUAAUUAUGUUUGAACUGUUACAAAUAAUUGAAUUUAAAGAAAGAACAAUGGAAAUAUGCACACUUGUUUAAAUGACAGGAGGUAUGUAAAUAUAUGUAUGUUUUUAAACAAUAAAUUAUAAUA